GGAGAGAGAGAGAGGGGAGAGAGAGAGAGGGGCAUUUUCCGCAGCUUACUGUGAAGCAGCCAGAGGGGCUUCAGCUGCCCGGCACCACUGGGCCUUCAAAUAAUGUCGAGGACAACACACCACGACCGGCCUCAUCGCUUCUGACACCAACAUGGAGCUCAGGUCUGGGUGGAUGGAGUAUCAGAGGGUCGUCUGCGGGGUCACCGAGGCGACCACCUGCCAAGAAGUGGUGAUCGCUCUGGCACAGGCCAUAGGUCGCACUGGGAGAUACACUCUGGUAGAAAAAUGGCGGGACAGGCGCCACCUAGCCCCUCAUGAGAGCCCCGUGGCUUCUCUGAACCCUUGGGGUCAGUAUGCUGGUGACGUCCAGCUAAUCCUGCAUCGCACGGGCCCCUCCCUGACUGAACGACCCCCAUCAGAAGGACCCCCUCUCAGGGGGCCUGAACGCGGGGCUGCAUCGGCAGAGCCCCCUCCCCUCGCCAAGCUCCGUCAUCCCAACGAUCGCUCCCUCCGCCGCGCUGAACCGCGCCGCAAGUCUCUGACGUUCACCGGUGCACCCAGAGGCCUCAGGGAGAUACUGAGCGGAGGCCGAGUCGGCGAGGCUGAGCCUAAACGAAGACUCCUCCUGGGAAACGGCGGGAAUCACCACCAUGUCGGAGGACCGGCCAUCGGGACGGCAUCGCCCGGCCUGUGGGCCUGUCGCAUGGAAGAUCUGGUCAGACUGGUCGGUAUACAGAGAGAGACUCUCAACGUGCUGGAGAAAAAGCUGGAGGCCUACGAGGCUGAGCUCCAGGCCUGGGCCGAAGGCCGAGGGGGGCGAGGUGGAGGGUGCAUCGGUGACCCGGGUGGAGGAGGAGGAGGGCUGAUAGAGGAGAUCCUGAGGCUGGAGAAGCAUCUGAGGAAGAACGACGUGGAGAUGGAGGAGGAGGAGUUUUGGGCCACUGAGCUGCAGAUUGAGCUAGAGAGUGAGAGGCAGCUGGAGGAAAGACUGCAGGAGCUCAGAGGACGCCUGCAGGGCUGUGAAGUGGAGAUGGAAGAAAAGCUGGCAAUGGUACAGGGUGUCGAGGCAGGUCUGGAAGAGGAGCGGCUGCAGAGGGAGCGGCAGGAGACCCAGUGGGUCAGUGAGGCCGAGGCUCGGUCUCAGGUGCUCCGGGUCAAAGCAGAGCUGAAAGCCCACGAGAGACAGGCUGUCCAGCUGGAGAGCAGCUGCAGAGCUGUGGACAGGUCACUUGGACAAAGCAGCAAGAAACUGCAGGACAUGCAGCACGAGCUGGAACAGCUGACCAAGGAGCUGAGGCAGGUUAACCUGCAGCAGUUCAUCAAGCAGACCGGCACCAAGGUCACCGUGCUGCCGGCUGAACCCAGCGACGAUGACAGUACCUCCAGCAGUCACAGUAUAGAUUUAGUUCCCCUGUCUGGCUCCCUGAAGCGUCCCGUGUCGUCGCACCCGCUGUCCGGCCACCUGCGGGUGCUCCACAGCCCUCUCACUUCUGGCCUGAACCCAGAGGGGAUCUACGUGUGAGACGGCUCUGCUCGGAGGGAACGUGUCAUGUCUCCCUUCCAGAGCACCACUUCACUCCAGAACACACUUGUAAGUGGAUAUCUUUGUACGGGAUACCUCAGUAGCACACUACUACUAUGCACUGUUGUCUCAGUUACCUGAAGGCAGCCUCGAGUGUGAAGACUGAAAUAGUGAAAUAGCAACAAUGUUGAUGUUGAAAUGGAAGAGGUGGAAAGAGGAGCAGCAGCAUCUGAACAUAUUAAGACUUUCCCAACAUCAGGCUGUUGUGGACUUCCUUUAUAAACAUAUCCACUUCGUGUACUUUUACUCUCACUUUAGUACCUGCUGAAUGAUUUGUAUUGUUUUCUCACUAGCAUCAUGAUUGAAAACUCUUGCCUUUUUCAACAGCAUUCUUGAGAAUCUUGGAAUGUGAAUUUAUGACCUAUAUCUCUAAAAUCCUAUGUAUUUUCUGCAGUGAAUGUGUUCAGCGUAAUGACUGGUUCUUAAAUAAGUAAUGAAGGAUCCACUCAUAUCUAUAGUAAACCUGUCUACAAUCUAUCUAUAGUUUUUGCAUAUCAGAAUUGACUCCCGUAGCUCUGACUGUCUGUUCAUGUUUAAACUAUGCACAAAUGGUUAAUAGUUUUGUUACUGAAGAAUGUUGCUGUCUGUAUGCACCAAAAUUAUGGCUUACUGUAAAUAUGUUUUCUUACUUUUCAGCUUUAUUUAGUGAAUUAUUAUAUUUUAUUACAAAGCGGGUGCGUUCACAGUUACAGAAAUGCAGUGCCCUCAUUCCCGCAGUAAUAUCUGCAUAAUGAAACAGUGUUAACUAAACUACCCUCUUAAGCUGAUUGUUGUUGGUAAGACGACUACACCGUAUAUUUUUGCCAAAUGUAUUAUGCUUGGUUUUCCCGUAAGGAUUGUUGGUGGCCAAAGAUUAGUAGGUCUUGUUGCAUGAUUGUGUUGUUAAUAUAGCCAUAUGUGGAUGUGCAGAGCACCCACAGUGCAGUAAAACACUUAGUGCAGGGGUCAGCAAACCUUUACUAUCUAAAACAAAUCUGUCUGGAGCCGCAAAACAUUUGAUCAUUGUGAUGAAGGUAACACAGUUUAUAGUCUAAGUAUAUAGUAUAUAAGUCUAAUGCAGUG